GUCAGGGCUCGGCAGACUGACAGUAUGGCGGCGGGGUGCAGCUGGAAGGAUGCUACCGUCGCCCGUGAUGUGUCUAUCGCCGGCAGGACGUAAUUGGAGUAUUGACGACAAAAACAGAAGAGGAUUUAACGAGAAAGGCUUGUGGCCGUGAGCUCCCAAGAUGGCCAGGCUCGCAGACUACUUUUUGGUGGUCACUUACGACCUCGAGAAGAGAGUGGAGGGUGAGGGUCAGGGUCGAAUUCUCCAGCGGUUUCCUGAGAAAGACUGGGAGGACAGCCCGUUCCCACAAGGGAUAGAGCUGUUCUGUCAGCCCAGUGGUUGGCAGCUGGUUCCUGAGCGGCAGCCUGCCUCCUUCUUUGUAGCGGUUUUGACUGACAUCAACUCAGACCGUCACUACUGUGCCUGCUUCACCUUCUGGGAGGGUUUGGACCGGAGCCAGCUGCAGAAAGCUGAAGCCAACGAGGUAGAUGAGGCGGAUGAAGAGCCGGCCGUCGUCCAAUCAGCUCAGGUCUUUGCCCCCAAGAGCCUGGUGCUGGUGUCCCGACUGGACUACACCGAGGUGUUCAGGAACUGUCUGGGUCUGAUCUACACCGUCCAUGUAGAUGGCCUCUCUGCCCCCUUAGAAACAGUGAUAGGAAACCUCCUCACAUGUAUCAUCCCCAUAGCUGGAGGCUCACAGAUAAAUGAGUCCCCAGUUUGUAGUUUAGAAAAGGUUCCUCAGGUGCUGGCCUGUGACUGGCUGCUGGCCUGUCUCCAGCCGGGCCAGGAGGAGAGAGAGGAGAGUUUGAGGACUAUAACGUUAGGUGCUGGCGACCGGCAGGUCAUCCAAACCCCCAUCGAUGACGCCCUUCCUGUCAGCGGCAACAGCGUGGCCCAGCUCUUCAGACAGCUUGGUAUCGCAAACGUGCUGUGUCUGUUCUGUGCCGCCCUGACGGAGCAUAAGAUCCUGUUUCUGUCCAGCAGCUACCAGAGACUAACAGACGCAUGCCGGGGUCUGCUGGCCAUCAUGUUCCCCCUCAAAUACAGCUUCACCUACAUUCCCAUCCUGCCCGGGAAGCUUCUCGAGGUCCUGAGCACUCCCACUCCCUUCAUCAUCGGUGUCAACUCGUUCUUUCGCUCGGAGACACAAGAACUGUUGGACGUGAUCAUCGCAGACCUGGAUGGCGGCACCGUGACGAUCCCUGAGUGUGUCCACAUCUCGCUGCUGCCUGAGCCGCUCCUCCAGCAGACCCAGACUGUGCUCUCCAUAUUUUUGGAUCCUGAGCUGGAAAUCGCUGAUCAGGCCUUUCCCCCUCCCUCCACUCAACCCUCUGCACUAAAGAUCCAGGAUAAGGAGAUCCGGGGAGUUUUCCUGUGGCUGUUUGCUCGGCUCUUCCAGGGCUAUCGCUGGUGUUUACACAUCAUCCGCAUCCACCCAGAACCAGUGAUUCGCUUCCACAAGGCGGCCUUCCUGGGUCAGAGGGCGGUGUCAGAGGAUGACUUCCUCAUGAAGGUGUUGGACGGGAUGGCGUUUGCGGGCUUUGUGUCAGAGAGAGGGCCGCCGUACAGAGCCACCGACCUGUUUGAUGAUCUUGUAGCCAAUCAUGGGGAGCGGAUACGACAGGAGGAGACGUGUCCACACAAAGUGAUGAACCACGUUAAAGAGCUGGCGGAGCAGCUCUUUAAAAACGAGAAUCCGUACCCCGCUGUGGCAAUGCACAAAGUCCAGCGGCCGUCAGAGAACAGUCAGAAUCCUGCACAGAAUCAGUCUCAGUUCCCCGCGUUGGACGAUGUCGCGGUGCAACUCUUCAUCGACCACGCUGCAGCCAAACUCAAGACGGCACCCCCUGUAGUCAAAGCAGAGCUCAAAGGCAUGGUGCCGUCCGGGCCUCCGCUGGGAGACAGCGUGGACAGAAACGGCAGUGUGAUGGCCAACAGCGCCCGCAGGCUGGAAGUGGUCAGGAACUGCAUCACGUACAUCUUUGAGAACAAGAUGUUGGAGGCCAAGAAGUUGAUGCCAGCUGUGCUGCGAGCGUUGAAGGGUCGUGCAGCCCGGAUUUGUUUGACCCAGGAGCUGAACCAGCACGUCCUGCAGAACCGAGCCGUUCUGGAUGAUCAGCAAUUUGAUUACAUCGUCAGGAUGAUGAACUGCACGCUGCAGGAUUGCUCUCAUAUGGAUGAACACGGCAUCGCAGCAGCUCUUCUUCCUCUGGUCACGGCCUUCUGCAGAAAACUGGGCGCAGGCAUCACUCAGUUCGCCUACAGCUGCGUCCAGGAGCACAUGGUGUGGACCACCAUGCAGUUCUGGGAGUCCAUGUUCUACAGUGACGUGCAGAACCACAUCAGAGCUCUGUACCUGGAGACGGAAGACGGAGGGCAGCAGAACAACUUGGAGCUGCCAGACGGGUCAGCCACCGGGAGGGAAAUCAGCGCGCUGGACCUGGCUUCGGAGCAGAACCGUCUGUGGCCGACGCUCAGCAAGGAGAUGCAGGCGGAGCGCGUGCAGAAGGAGGAGAGCACCGUGUUCAGUCAGGCCAUCCACUACGCCAACAGGAUGAGCUACCUGCUGCUGCCGCUCGACACCAGCAAGAACCGGCUGCUCCGGAGCACCGGCCUCGGAGACGUGGAGAGCGUCAGCAACAGCUACGUCACAAACAGUAUUGCUGGCAGCAUGGCAGAGAGUUACGACACAGAAAGCGGCUUCGAAGACGCUGAGAGCUCUGACGUGGCCAACUCUGUGGUCCGCUUCAUCAACCGCUUCGUAGACAAAGUGUGUAACGAGAGUGGAGUGACCAACGAGCACCUGAAGGCUCUCCACACCAUGAUACCAGAUAUCGUUCAGAUGCACAUCGAGACAUUAGACGCAGUCCACCGGGAGAGUAAGAGACUGCCUCCGAUCCAAAAGCCGAAGCUACUGAGGCCUACACUCCUACCCGGUGAGGAGCUUGUGAUGGACGCCAUGCGGGUCCACCUGAUCCCCGACGGCCGCGAGGAGGCCACGGGGCUGAUGGGAGGUCCGCCUCUGCUUCCUGCUGAGGGCGCCAUCUUCCUCACCACCUACAGGCUCAUCUUCAGGGGCACGCCCACCGACCCGCUGGUGGGAGAGCAGGUGGUGACUCGAUCGUUCCCCAUCGCCUCUCUGACCAAGGAGAAGAGGAUCUCAGUCACUUUACCCAUGGACCAGUUCGUCCAGGAGGGGCUGCAGCUGCGCUCCUGCACCUUCCAGCUGAUAAAAAUCGCGUUUGACGAGGAGGUGGCGUCAGACCUGGCCGAGGUUUUCAGGAAGCACAUGCACAAACUGCGCUACCCUCAGCACGUCCAGGGCACCUUUGCCUUCACAGUGGGUCAGAGUGGGAAGCUGGUGGUGGAGCACAAGACCAAGGACAAGAACCAAUCGCUCAGGACGCUUUCUAAAAACCUGGUGAAGACUGCGAAGAGGACGAUUGGGCGUCAGCACGUGACCAGGAAGAAGUAUUCUCCUCCAACCUGGGAGAACAGGAGCAGCUUCCAGUCCGAGAUGGACGAGGAUGAAAUCUCAGUGUCAGAAGAAGUGGACCAGAGCUCCCUCACCCUCUCCUCCACCAUCCGCUCGUCCGACAGGCAGACCAUGAGCAACGUUGUGGAACGGGCCUGCUGCAGAGACUACCAGCGGCUUGGUCUGGGCACGCUCAGUAACAGCCUGACGCGCUCCAAGAACGAGCCUUUCAGGAUUUCGACCGUCAACCGCAUGUACACCGUCUGCAGGAGCUACCCCGGCCUGCUGAUCGUGCCUCAGAGCAUCCCCGAUACGACCAUCCAGAGAAUCUGUCGGUGCUAUCGACAGAAUCGUUUCCCUGUAGUCUGCUGGAGAAAUUCUCGAACGAAGGCCGUCCUGCUGCGGUCUGCAGGACUCCAUGCCAAGGGGGUGGUCGGCUUCUUCAAGUCCCCCAACGCCCCCUCUUCAGUCCCCUCUCAGGCCGACUCCACCAGCCUGGAGCAGGAGAAGUACCUGCAGGCCAUCAUCAGCUCCAUGCCUUCCUACAGCGAGAGCAGCGGCAGGAACACGCUCAGCGGCUUCACCUCCACACACAUGAGCACCUCAGACUCGUCUGAUAAGCUCAGGCAGCCCAAGAUCGGCGCUCUGAUGAAACAGGUGAUGGGAACGAAGGAGGACUUACCUGGAACGUUCAGCAGAGGAGCUCUGGGUCAAAGGGCGAAAGUCAUCUCCCUCUCUCAGCCCAAAGUGUCUGGCAAGGCCAGGAACCCUCCUAGAGGUAAAUGGGGCAGUAUCAGAGGUAGCGGGCGUCUAAGUGCCUACAACCCAGACGUGGGGACGCGUCUGGCAGGGAAGGAGUCUCCGCAGCCCAACGGAGGGCCGAGCGAGGCGCUGUUCCUCCGCCAGCAGAAGGCCUACCUGUACAUCAUCGGGGACAAGGCCCAGCUCAAGGGUGGGAAGCAGGACUCGUUCCAGCAGUGGGAGGUGGUUCCCAUUGAGGUGUGUGACGUGCGGCAGGUGAAGAACAGUUUCAAGAAGCUGAUGAAAGCCUGUGUGCCGAGCUCCUCGACCUCUGACCCCAACAUGAGCUUCCUGCGCUGCCUGGAGGACUCUGAGUGGAUGGCUCUGCUGCACCGAGUGCUGCAGGUGUCGGUCCUGGUGGUGGAGCUCCUGGAUACAGGGUCGUCGGUCAUGGUGAGCCUGGAGGACGGAUGGGACGUCACCACACAGGUGGUGUCUCUGGUGCAGCUGCUCUCGGACCCGUACUACAGAACAUUUGACGGCUUCAGGUUGCUGGUGGAAAAGGAGUGGCUGUCGUUCGGGCACAGAUUCAGCCACCGUGGAGCUCAGACGCUGGGUAGCCAGAGCAGCGGAUUCACCCCGGUCUUCCUGCAGUUCCUUGACUGCGUGCAUCAGAUCCACCUUCAGUUCCCCAUGGAGUUUGAGUUCAGUCAGUACUACCUGAAGUUCUUGGCCUACCACUACGUGUCCAACCGCUUCCGCACCUUCCUGCUGGACUCGGACUACGAGCGCAUCGAGCUGGGUGUGCUGUACGAGGAGAAAGGAAGUGAGAGGAAGAGCCCUCAGGUGUGUAAGUCUGUGUGGGACUACAUCGACAGGCUGAACAAGAAGACGCCAAACUUCUACAACUACAUGUUCGCCCCUGAAGACGAGGAGGUUCUGCGGCCGUACACCUUCAACUCCAACCUGAAGGUGUGGGACUUCUACACAGAGGAGACUCUGUCGGAGGGCCCGUCCUACGACUGGGAGCUGAGGGGCCGGCCGGAGCGUGUCGUGGAAGAGACGCCGGAGAAACCAGAUAGCAGCGGGCCCAAAUCGCAGAGGCACAUCGUGUGGCCGUGCUACAACAGCCUGAGCAAGGCGGUGCCCGACGCCAUCACCAAGCUGCUACAGGACCUGCAGAGUCUGGAGGCGGAGCUGGGACAGACGUCGGAGAAGUGGAAGGACACGUGGGACAAGAUCAAGACCACGCAGAGAACCGAGACCAAACUGGAGAGCAAGCCUUCCUUCUCCAGCUCGUUGCUAAUGUCGUCCAACCUGAGCCACCAGCGGCGCUCUCAGGGUGUCUACCUGCAGGAGAGCAGCGUGGGAUCCUCCAUCAACCUGGCUCUGGACUGCGAGGCCAGCGCCACCUCCACGCCUGUCGCGGGCCGGCCCAGCACCAGCACGCUGUACAGCCAGUUCCAGAGCACAGAGAGUGAGAACAGGAGCUUUGAAGGAAUCCUCUACAAGAAAGGGGCGCUGUUGAAACCCUGGAAACCACGAUGGUUCGUCCUGGAUAAAACCAAACAUCAGCUGAGAUACUAUGAGACCCGGCAGGACAAGGAGUGUAAAGGAGUGAUCGAGCUGGCCGACGUAGAGUCUGUUAUUCCAGGAACACCCGCCAUGGGAGCACCCAAAAACAUUGAUGAGAAAGCCUUCUUUGAUCUCAAGACGACAAAACGAGUGUACAACUUCUGUGCCCAGGACAGCCUGAACGCUCAGCUGUGGAUGGACAGCGUUCAGAGCUGUCUGUCAGACGCCUGAGGAGGAGGCAGGACUCUUGAAGGAGCGAAUGAGCAGAGCUGCAUCACCUGACGGACACCAGAGAGAGAGGACGGGGAACUCUCGCCCUCCAGCUCUGCUCGGCUCCGUCUGCUAGUAUUGAACUAAUAACCUUUGCGUCACCAUGUUUCAGUGUUUUUGUUAUAAAAUGAGAAAAAGAAGAAAAAAACGUCCCUGAAGAACCACUCGCUGUCGUCUCACAUGUAGCUGCAGCCUCUCCACCCCCCACAGUCUGACGGUGUGUGUGCUGGAUGUCUGUGUGCGCACAGUAACCACGCAUAUGAAGCACGUGAUGCAUCUGCAGCUCGGACCAGCAUGAAGAUCUUUCCAGACCCUCCACCUGUAACCUCCUCCCCCUCCGACUAACCCCACCCGCCCUUUCAGACGCUCCAGGAGGAAUGACGGAGGAGCUGCAGACGUCCCAGCCGCACACAGACUCCUUAGACUUUCAGAGACGGAUCUUAAAGAUCACCUGGUGGAUCGACAGACCAAAACAACCCUCGCUGCCUGAUGUCGCCCAAACGCAGGGACACGAGGAGGAGGGGGGGCUCCUUAACGGCUCAUGAAGGAUUUCCUUUUAUUGUUUUCUUUUUUCCAAAAUCUCAAAUUUGUACCAGAAAGAGAUCAACGCCCAUCACGCCGUCUUAAGCACGGCGUGAUGAUUAAAUACUGUGAAAGCCAUGAUUCGCUCGUUCAGAUCAAAGCAGGAGAGGCGCUCAGAGGUCGCAGUCUGUCAGGUAUUCUGAGUGCGUCGUCGGCGAGCGUUCACUGAGAGUGUUUACAAAGUAGACCGAUACUUCCCUCACUAAGCUCAACUCUUCACGCCUGUGUGUGUUUAAUCCGUACGACCACUCGAACAUUCAGAUUAUUUCAAGGGAUGCUGAAGGAAAAAGGAGGGAUUUAUUUUGUAGCGGUUUCUUUAAAAACAGUUUAUAGAAGGAGCUCUGGAAGGUGAAGAAGAAGAAGGGGAGGGAGACGUGUGAGUAGAGUGAAGCUUUAGAGUGAAUACAGAGUUUUAAAGAGGCGACUCAAAGAAGAGCUCCGAGGGACGAAGAAGUGAAGUUUGUUAAAGGAGGACGUGGAGUCGUUCCACUUUGGCUUCGGGUCACGCUACAUUUGCACUCAGAGAAACAGGAACAAACACUCUUCAUCACUCGGGGUGGAUCACUUUAACUCUCUGGACACCUCCAGUUCAGGAUGCAACACUUAAGAUAAGAUCGACAUUUCUUCAGAUCAGCAGAAAAAGAAAGGAGACCGAUUCAGCCGCUGCUUUCACACCGUAACAGUUUUGUCCACCACCUUCUCACCUCUAUCUUUAUAAUCCUCCAUCUUUAGACUUUGCAGUGAGGUGUGAGUUGCCUUCACCCACACAUUAUAUUUCUGAUAGACGCGUUCAAAGUCGAUCUGCACUCUGCAGCAAGAAGAAACCGAGCCACACAUCUGAACCAACGGUGACUCUUUUAACGUCUAGAUCAGCUCCUGGAAGAGGACUUUUUACAUCUUACACAGAAAUAUGUUCCUCUUAAGAUAAAGCAGGAGGAUUAGUUUAGUCAGGAAACACAAUCUAUGCAAGAGCAGGACAAGAUCAGAAGUUCACGAGGACCAGGAGAAGUGUAAAUUCCUCACAGGAGCUUUAAGAUCCAUAAAAAUCCAAGAAAACAAAACUUAAAAUGAUGAAAUAAAAGUUCAUACAUCCAAAGAAGAAAACCAGGAAGAGCAACUCUUGCAGAUCUUUUACAAAUGAAAUAAGACAAACUAUUGUUCCUCUGCAUUUUUAAUCUCUAUCCAGAGUUUAUUGAUCAGCUGAUCAGCCGGCAUGAAUAAGAAAACCAGCCGGCUGUUUGAGUGAGAGUGAGCUUCGUACCGUUUCAUCCGUAGAAAACAAAGCUAGCUCAUGUGAAGGAGACGAUCUAGUUCUGAGUGCAAACAUAGCGUGACCCUUCCGCCUGACUCCUCCUUUAACACAGCUGACGCUGGGAGUGUGUGUCAUAUUCAAAGGUCUCGCCACCUUCACGUGUUCUCGCCGUGUGCGGAUCAGACGCGGGUCAGACUCAAAGCUUCCUCUCAGACGAGUCGGCAGCACGUUCACCUGAAGGUCUCAAACAUCACGUCACUUUUUUUAUACGUUAUGUUGGUUUUCGUUAAACUGCCCCCCCCCCCCCCCCCCACACACACACACACACCUGUAUUCACCCCCCUCCUCCACACACACACAAACCACUUGCGUUAACAAAACCUGCUCUGUAAAAUACGGUUCUACUGCUGUCUUUGUUGAACAUAAAAUUUGAAAUUGUAGAUUUUUGUGUCUAAUAACUCAAACUUUGUAUAUACUACUCCAGAUUUGUAUGUAACGUUUAUGGUAGUAAUUUAUUUAACUUGUCUCCUCAGUAAGAAAGUUCCUCAAGCACCACUUUAUUUUGGAUUAGGAAUUCAAUGUGCCAUUUGUUUAUUUUCUGUAUUAAUGUGACUAAUGCUUUUUUUUUUUAAACCCUCGAUGUCUUCUCGCUCUCUCUUUCUUUUUUUUCUUUUUUUCGGUAACAUCGUCUUUACUCGUCACCAUUCAUGCAGGAGUGGAGACGCUGUGUGAGCGGACGCUGAGGCCUGUGGGCUGUUUUUAGUAAGGUUGGAUUUGACUGUGUUGCUCACCCACAGUGGAGGGAUGUUCUGGAUGAAGAGUGCAGUCACAAUAAAUCUCAAACACGUUGAGUUCGCCUGCUGCGAGUCUUAACGGUGAUUCUGAUGUUUACUCUCAGAAACAACGGCCUGUUUGUUUCUUAGAUUUGGAACUGCUCCUUUAGUUUGCUCCAGAGUCAAAGAACAUCCUCUUAAAGAGUCUGUUUCACCGCUGACGGACUGAUGUCUGCUUUUCUGACAACACUGAAGAUUCAUGCACACAGAAACAAACCGAAGAGAGUUAUUUCAUCUCUUUAAAGCCGCCUCACUUCAUUCACAGAAUCAGCUUUGUACCCAGGAGUUGCUCGUCUAUCGCUGCCUCCAGAAAGUCAGAAUUUGAUCCUUAUAAGUUUCUUUAUUUUGUGGCUUCGGUGUUUAAAGAAGGUUAAUUCUAAUCUAACAGAACUUGAUGGAUCCACAAGCUACAGAUUUAUAACUUCUGAUUUGAAAAGCUGAAUAAUCUGCAACACGGCUCGUUUCAAAGCCACCAAACGACGUCUUUGGAGUUGCUCGUGCAUCUGUCUGGACUCAUGAGCUUUAUUUGUGUUCCUAAGAGGUGCACAAGUAUUCCUCUGUACCUGAAAUAACAUUUAAAAACACGCUAUCACAAUAAAACACGUGGAGGCCGCAGCAGAGCAGCAACUUCCUGUUUUCUGUCCCUGCUGUUUUUGUGAAUGCAGUUUGGAUCCUUUCUGUAACUGUUUCAGAAAUUUCAGAUCACUCAGCGGUAAAAUCCAACCUUUAAAGGACGAACUUUAACACAAGUUUGUUAGACCUCAAAGUGUCUCUCUGUGACGUCUUCACUGCCAUCGUUCAGCGAGCAGAGACUCGUCGUGGAGCAGCGUCAGAUUCUGUGUUUGUGACUGUAGUCCACAUCCAGUCGGACCCCGCUCAUCUUUUCACUCGUUUACUCAUCUCGCUGUGGUAUCGCUCUUAAACAGAAACAUUAACCACAUCAGUAAGACAUAAUCCUUUUAUUUAUUUUCUUCUUUUUUUAUUAGAAAUGAUUUUCUGAGCCGGGUUAUGUUGUCAAUCAUGUCAAUAUAGUUUUUAGUUCCAAAUAAAAACUGUGGGUUUAAAUGUUUCAA